AUGGUGAAGAGAGGGCACAAGUGCUCUGGCAUUGAGUGUCACACAAAGAUUAAAUCCCUAAAGAGGGACUACAAGUGCUCAGCGCAGCAUAACAACAGAACCGGGAACAGCCCCUGCUUCUGUCAAUAUUACCAAGUGCUAGAUAGGCUGUUUGGAGGUUCCAUGCAGUCACCAGAGAAUGGGGAAGAGAUUACCCUCACUUUUACUCUGGGAAUAUUAGGAAUUGUCCCGCCCAGCCUGGGCUGGGACUGCGUGGGGGACCGCCCCACACUCGCCAGCUGUUCCCUCCCCCCGCUGCUGCCCAGGGAGCUCCCUACACCGCCGCAAACCCCUACUGCUGCCCCUUCACUUACCUGGGACGCCGAAGCCCCAGCAAUGCCCCCAACAGCACCCCGCAGCCAGUGCGCUCGUCUCCGGGCUCAAGGAGUGUGGCCGGAGUGGAGCGUCAGAGGCAGCCAAGGCCGGGAGGCCGAGACGGAGCCCAGAGACGGACGAGGGAGGGGCCGGCAGGCCGACACGCUGCAGGAGCUCAGGAUGACCCAGGCGCUCCUGAGAGGCCAAGCCCCGACACGCCUCUCCUGGGCAUCCAAGGCUUUGAAUGGGGAUACUUCUGCCAUACAUUCAGAGGGUCGUGCUGAAGAUGCAGAAUCCAAAGAAAAGCCUGGAGAUGGUGGUGGUGCUGGUGGCAAAUCUUCUGUGUCCAUGAAGAGCCAUCAGAUUCUUUUUUCUUUGCCAGACUCCACUGAUGGGACAUCAAGCCCUUUGGACUACGCUGCUGGCAGCCAAGCACCUUUAGACAGUAUCAAGAGAGACUUCAUCAUUCCUCUACAGCUUAGUGGGCCUCCUAGCUUUCCGUUGCAAAAACGCCGCAUACCUUUGCGAUUAAAACUACCCAACCUGAAACUUCGUCGGUUGUUUUUGCCAUCAGAUUUUACCCUGAAAGGUCAUACUGCAGUGGUCUCUUGCAGUUCACGACGUGUGUCAGGCGCUCAUAAAAAGCCAAUUAUUUCUCAUUUUAACUAUGAAGUGCGCAGUGCCCAGCUGAUGUAUGAGGUACUGAAGAGUGGCCAAAUGGAAGUCAAUACUAUAAUGUUACCAAUGCCAGGUUUCCCAUUCACUAUGGCAACAAAACCUGAGCGACAACUUCUAUCAGACAAAUUUCUGGAGCAAUUACACGCUUCCCUGGCAGCUGAAAUCUCAGAAGAAGCCAUAGAAGAAAAAAUUUCAUUCCAUGAUGAUGAACAGAAAAAAAGAAAAAAGAAAGUGUCUUAUGCAGAUCAAGUAUCUGACAGUGAAGCUCUAUCGCUUGUUUCUGGUGUUGGAUGUCGGUCUGAAUUAGGCCCAGAGGGUGAGGAAAGAGACUUGAUGGCCAGGGCUGAAAUGGCAGUUUUCUGUUGCCUGAUGCAUAGAAGAACUGGGCUCAGUCUUAAGGCAUAUUUUCUGCCUAGACUUCCGGACCUCUCAGCUUUGACUGACUUUCUGUUGUACCUUAAUCUGUCAUUUAAUGAUCUGCACCUCUUCCCUACUGAGGUGUGUGAUCUUAAAAACCUGCAAAUCUUAAAGCUCCGAAACAACCCAAUCAAAUCCAUACCAGAAGAUAUCAAGAAACUGAAGGACCUGAGAACCUUGGUCAUGUCCUUCAAUCUGCUGACUGAACUCCCAUCUUGGUUGUUUAUGUUACAGAAUCUUGAACUCCUUGAUGUUUGCUAUAAUGAACUUGAAUACAUCUCCAAUGCUAUCAGCAAUGCCAGGAGCCUCAGUUGCCUCAUCGUAGAAGGCAAUCUGUUGUAUGCUUUGCCUUGUGGGAUUUUGAAACUUCCACUGAAAUGCCUGAAGGUAGAGAACAACUUCUUGCAUCCCUUUUUCUGGAGAGAACUUGAGCAACUUCAGCCACAACGACUCACUGAUAUGGCCUCCCUUUGUUUUGUUCAAAGCAACCUGAGGAAACGAUACCCUAAGAUCCCAGAGGACAUUCAAAAACUAUUGGGCAGCUGUGGCACUUGUGAUUGCUGCUCAGGACCUUUGUAUGGUCAGGGUUUCCGUUUCCUUCGUGCUUAUAAGAACAUCUAUGGACUUCGGCUUCCUUAUCUGUUUUCUGCCUGCUCCCCAGCCUGCUACAUGAACUUUGUCUCUGGAACCAUCUCAAACAGUAGUUGGCAGGCCUUUCAUGGUGGAUUCCGCCUCGCAGCAGCUGAUAGCUCCUUGAAUAAACUUCUUGAAUAA